CGUCGAAUAUUUUUCUUAGUUCGACGCGCGCCAUUGUUCGAUCAUCGACAUUACUCGCGCUUACGUUUCGCUUUUAUAAAUCGCAUUUUCCGAUCCGGAGUAACGAUCGAUGGAAAUAGUAUACGUUGGUGUCCUGGUCGGCUCGGCACCUCUGGUCAGCAUAUGAGGCUGCAGCGUUGUCUCCAGAUCGUUUUAGCGCGGCCAGAUACAAUGCGCGACAAUAAUUCGAAAGUGAUCGCUGUCCGCGCGAAUUACGUGCAUUAUGUGCACGCAUUAUAUUUCUACGAUGUCCGGAGCGGAGGAUCGAGCAUGAUCUGGGACAUCGUUUCGACGUUAAUGGGCGGAUCAUCAAUCGCGUGGGCGUUCCAAUCGAGCAACGUUAUGUAAAUGCUUCUCACCCGACACCCGACAAUUCUGGUGAACGAUGACACUAAUGGUUAAUACCAACGGCUUUCAGCCAGAAAUUAAUAAUCCGGUGUUCCGGAAGAAUAGAUUGCAACGUGAGCCACCACGGUCAUGAUCUUGAGCGAAACGCUCACGGACUCCAGUUUCUUGGCUAUCGCACCGUCUAAGAUCGAAUUUAAACCGCCUAUGACGGAGACCCGACCUUCGACGAUGGUAGGUGGUCGUAGGGUGAAGCAUGCGACGAGCAAUGAAACCACCACCACGUCCAUGGUCACCGGCGGCGUUACCAAUAGGAGCGACAACAACGUCGUUGUCUCCACUGUACAACCGACCACCACUCAGCAAAAAGUCCGACGAAUCUUCGAGGAGCAAGCCAGGUGGCAAGAAAGCGGCUCACGCAGACGCGUGAAAAGCACAUCAUCGGGCACUGCCUACUGCCUGGUUAACAACUACAACAUCGUCGCUUCUAGGGGCGAACUUGCUCGAAAUAACCGCGCCGCGAGUGAAACGACGACGACGACCAGCGUCACUACCAAGAGACGAACGUCGUCGCUCGUAAACGGAAGAAUCCAUUCCAAGGAGGAGACCGCUCGGAGCGGCAUCCUCGCUGCAGAGGAGUCAAGGAAGCUAAAGGACGUGUCUAAAGAUUCGACGAGAUCAGGCAUCUCAAGGGGCAUCCAGCGAGGUAUUAUCAAAUCCGCUUCCGUGCCUAAGGACUUGAAGGAAGGUCUUCCAGUGAGGGAAAGAACACUGCAACGGGUGCCGGAGGAGGGCAUCCUGAAGAAGUCUUCCGCCUUCCUGGCGAGUUUAGCGCAUCAUCAUCCUUCCAGCAAACUCGCCGAGAGGAAUUUGCCGGACGACGAGUUGGCCAAAUUCCUCAGGCCAACGAAUAGCUACGAGCUUCGCGAUUCUUCCACCUCGAGAUAUACUAGUCUCAAGAGAUACUUCCUGACGGACGGCGACGAUAACGUCGGCUUGUGUGCCCUGCGGCCAUCACCAAGCGUCCAAACGUUAUCGACGAGCUUAAAGAAAAAAAGCGUUGGGGUGAAGAAGUCGGUCUCCUUUAGCUCUGACACCAGUUUCCAAGAGAAACGUGUGCCAUACCGAAAGCCUGCCGUCCACGAAGUCAAAGUCUACCGUAAAGGCGUGCUUCAAGACCACGUACGCAAAGAGACGAUCAAACCAAAAGUGCCGCCCUCGUGGGAAACACCCUCUGGGGGCCCUACGGCCCUUCUGAGGGCCGCCAGAGAGGCGGACGACACCGGUCUCAAAGAAAUCGUCGCGCAGGCUCGGAAAGUAGGCCUGAAAGGUAUGGACGUCAACGUGGUCGACAGCAGUGGGAGGACGGCCAUAAGUUACAUGGCUGGGAACGGCGCGGCGACGAUGCUCGAGCUGGCGCUCUCUUUCGAAGGUGUGGACCCGAAUCUACCCGACAAUGAGGGUAACACGCCGCUACAUUUUGCCGCCCAGGCCGGACAGACCGAAUGCCUCAACAUCCUUCUGGAGAGGUGUCCGGACAUCGAGGUGGACGCUAGAAAUACCUUGGGUUUCACGCCACUCAUGAAGGCCGCCCUUCAAGGUAGAACCAAAUGCGCGAAGAUUCUUCUGUUUGCCGGUGCAAACCCUACACUACGUGAUCACGGCAGAGGACUGCGAGCGGAACAGUGGGCGAGGUUUUGCGGCAGAUACGUGUGCGCCGAGAUGAUCGAGAGAUUCGCGAGACAUCGUCUGUUGGAGAGAACGACGUCCUGUCGUUGGGGUAGCGAGCCCGAGCUAGCUGCGAAAGUGUUGCAAGGAAAGGUACGCAUAGCGCGAUAUAUCGAGCCUCUUUCUAAUCGGAUCUCUUUCCGUUCGAAUGACAUAAAUCCUAUGCAAACUAUGCCAGGUGACGCCUAUACCUACGACGCCUCUGCCGCAAUCCUCGGGAUUGAAGUCGAAAAUAAGAAAAGUCUUCCGCACCACCUCCAGCCCCGAUCGAACCUUCUCUCUGGUGUCGCAACUCACCAGCGCGGCUCUCUGCGCGAGCAGUCCGGCUCUACCGAAACCGUCACCUGUUGUAAAAAGUCUUCUGCGACCGUUGAGCGUGCCUCAAUUAAGGUGCGACGUUCGUCAAGGAAUUCAAAACUUGACGAUCGAUACUUAAUAAUUCACUUUUUUUUUACAAUUUCGAAAAUUUUAGACGUUUAUUAAAAAAUUACAAGCAGCUUCAGAAAAUAUGUAACGUUUUUAAUAUUAAAGUAUUAAAACAUUAACUUUGGAUUUCUUCUUUAAAUUACGUUUAUAGAUAACCAAGUAACUUAGAUUCUAAGCUAAAUGUGAGGCCACGGGAGAAAAUAAAGGCUCAUUUGCUGCCACUUUGCAGGGUGACGUUGGUUUCGCAGCAGGACUUCCUGGAGAAGACCUCCGAAAAGUACGGGACGAAUUUCACGGAUAAGAUCGAGAACUCCAUCCCGAAGCCGCCACGCUCGAAGAAGAAGAGCAAGUAGUCGAACGUAAAGCUUUCGCGGUCACGACCACAGGCCGCAUUUAAUCGUCCGCUUCGCAUUGAACACGCGCGAAGGGGAAGAUUACUCAAGUCUGCUUGACGUAAAGCAGCGAGACGGACAGAGUGUUCGUGGUCUAUUCGAGAUCAUUUACGUGUUAUCCGAUUCCGUUGUUGCCUGCAACCGGCCGAUCGUCUCUCGGCCGGAAACGCGGUCCCUCAAGUAGGUCGUAGGUUGUUCGUUUUUACCUCGUCAAGAAAUAUUAGCGAUGCAUUUCACCCGAAGGACGUUUGCGGGAAUCAGGAGGGUGAGCCUUCGAAACCCGAUCGCUCCCGAUUAAUCACGGAUUUCCAGUCCACGGCUGCCGUUGAAGUGUUGUCAUAUUUACGACACGCGUACUCAAGAUUGUUUUCGAUGUAAACCGCCGCCGCAGCCGGACGUAUAAACAUUCGGAACAGUCGGAUCUUAUUUUUAGUUUAGACUUGUAAUGGAUCGUGGCGGAACGCGGCGCGCGAGCGCGGUUUGCAUACGGGAGAUCGCAAAGUUGCGAUUGAAAGAUCACGUUGGACGACCGUGAUAUCUGCGAGAGAUCAUGAUAUUCCUCCUCCUCCUCACGUCGCCGCAGUAAAUGAGAAUCUCGAUUUUUUUUUUGAGAAAUGCGAAUAGUGUAACUUGAAGCAUGCGCUGCCGUCGGAGCAAAACCUCGGGGAUUUUUACUGAUUAAAGUGUUAAAGAUGAUCGAACGAACUUGCGAUAAACGUCGCAGGUUUCUCCCUAACUUAUAAUACACACGUUUUACGUACAAGAUUUUAUAUCGAUGCAGUUACUGUCAAAUGGUUGUUUAAAUAAAUGUCUUAUUAAUCAA